CUGAAAUCUUGGUGCUACUAGUCAGCAUGUCUGGACGCGGAAAACAGGGCGGCAAGGCGCGCGCCAAGGCCAAGACACGCUCCUCCCGCGCUGGCCUCCAGUUUCCAGUCGGCAGAGUGCACCGCCUGCUCCGCAAGGGCAACUACGCCGAGCGGGUCGGGGCCGGCGCGCCCGUCUACCUGGCGGCCGUGCUCGAGUACCUGACGGCCGAGAUCCUGGAGCUGGCGGGCAACGCGGCGCGCGACAACAAGAAGACGCGCAUCAUCCCGCGCCACCUGCAGCUGGCCAUCCGCAACGACGAGGAGCUCAACAAGCUGCUGGGCAAGGUGACCAUCGCGCAGGGCGGCGUGCUGCCCAACAUCCAGGCCGUGCUGCUGCCCAAGAAGACCGAGAGCCACCACAAGGCCAAGGGCAAGUAAAAGCCUGCAGCGGCGCCAACAAGUUGAAACCAAAGGCUCUUUUCAGAGCCACCCACCUUGGCACUAAAAGGGCUUGCAUAAUCCAUACAGUGGUUUCUCAAUGUGCAAGUAGAUGGCAGUAUGAAAACACUAUGAAAUAGGAAAGUAUCCAUUGAAGAUUAACAAUAUAAACAAAGUCGCUAGUCCGCCGAGUCAAACACACACAGAUACUUUGUAUUGUGUGAGCACGGAGUCAGUGUAGCAGGUCCUCAGUGUUGAAAGUGAAGCUCUUGUCACUCAGUCCCCAUUAGGGAACUCAAAACCGCCUGGUGUUGGAAACCUUGCCCAGGUCUCCUACUUCCCCGAAACGAGCACCUGGCCAUUAGCUAAGAACAUUGCGGUUAGCCACAAGGCACAGUCCCUUGACUAUUGGAACCUCUAAUCAACAAGGACUUUCCAAAUAACCUCCGGCUAGCCCCCGUGUGCCCGCGCUCCACAAGCCAAUCAGCGCUCCACAAGCCAAUCAGCUACGGACAAAGGAGGUGUCCACAAGUACAAGUUACACCCCAGUAACCAAUAAGCGGGCCCUCCUUUCUCUCAAGCUAGCCAAUAGCAAGCAGCCUAAUCUUCUCCCUUCUUCCCUAUAUAUAUACCCAGU